AUGGAAAAGAGUUUCUACACAUUCUACCUUUGUACGGCUGUACGAAAAUUCUUCUUCUUCCUUGAUCCUCUUCGUGCUGGACGCAUUCGCAUAAGUGAUAUCUUGGCAAGUGGUUUUCUCGAUUCUCUUUUGGAGCUACGAGAGUCUCAAAUCGCAGAGACCCAACUUGUCGCCAAUUGGUUUAGCUUUCAGUCGGCUAUGCGCGUCUAUGGUAGUUACCUUCAGUUGGAUGAAAAUAAAAAUGGGCUUCUUAGCAAAAAUGAGCUUUCCAAGUAA